AUGUCUUCUCUCUUCGCUCUUACACUAGUAAUGACCCAUUCCAGUUGGACCACCUACGCAGCCGUAAUGCCACACGCCGCACGGCGAGACUCUACCGCUGUGCAAUCUGUCCAAUCACACGGCAUGUCUACAGAAGCACUUCUGACGCUUGUCGGUGUUUGCGUAGCUGUUUUCGGCACAGCGCUCACUCUAGUCCUAUCAUGGCCUAGCCUAGAGGUGAGGUGGGGGCUGUGCACAUCUCGACGGCCUCAUUCACGCCAGCGUUCUCGUUCACUCUCUACAACUGGUUCUGCGAUCGCCCUGGUCGACGUUCACGAAACGCUUGCUACCCCUGCCCAUCCAGCUGAACCUUGGACCCAUAGCUCCAACGGCGAUGAAAUACCACGACCGCAACGCGUUCAGUCGUGCUACACCGAGCACCAACAUGCACUGAUGCGACGCGCGCACACGUCCUAA